UCACCCCCCAGGGACCGUCUGGAUCCGGGCAUCGUCUGCGGCGGCCUGGGCGGCACCGGGCGGCCGCGCAGUCGGCUUGAGGGAGGUUGCUUGUCAAUAUGGGGGUCUGCUUGUGCCCCUGGAACUGGGAGUCUCCUGAUGCUCAUGGACAGCCCCCUGAAUCGGGCUGGUCUCCUGCAGGUUUAUAUCCAUACCCAGAAGAACGUUCUAAUUGAAGUCAAUCCCCAAACCAGAAUCCCAAGAACUUUUGAUCGAUUCUGUGGUCUUAUGGUCCAGUUGCUGCAUAAGCUCAGUGUUCGAGCAGCUGAUGGACCUCAGAAACUGUUGAAGGUGAUUAAAAACCCAGUCAGUGAUCAUCUCCCUGUGGGCUGUAUGAAGAUAGGUACCUCUUUUGCAGUUCCAAAGGUGUCAGAUCUGCGUGAACUGGUUCCUGCAGCGGAGCCAGUUGCCAUUGUUGUGGGAGCUUUUGCCCAUGGUUCGGUCAGUGUCGACUAUACAGAAAAGAUGGUCUCCAUCAGCAACUAUCCCCUCUCUGCUGCCCUGACAUGUGCCAAAAUUACUACUGCCUUUGAGGAAGUUUGGGGAGUAGUAUGAGCUUCUGCUGCUACUACUGUUGUGGUGGACUGCUAUCAGUGACUCCAUGUUCUGGAGAGGUUUUUUUACUUAGGUGUGGACCUGGUGCAACUUUGGGCUCCUGGAAAGGAAAAGGCUUCAAUAGUGUCCUUGUAGCUUCUGGAGCAAUGUGACUUUAAAGAGACUGCCCCACCAACCUUUUUUCCUCCUAUUAAAGGUCACUUUUGAUAAGAGUGUGCUUGUGGAUUUUACUUUCUUAUGUUUAAUACCUGGGCAGGCUUGAUCCCUUUAUAGCAGGGACUCAGCCCAAAUUUGUCACGGAACUGAUAUUCUUCGCUGUGCCCUGCUUUGCCCUGCAGCUGGAGUUACUCUGUCC